AUGAAGGACCUCAUCCUUCUGGGUUCGCUGCUUGCCGGCAUUGUUCAUGCUUCGCCACCACAAUAUCCUUCCAAGUACAAGAGUCAAACAUAUGUGUUAACGAAGCCGAGUGUGUACACUCCAGCGCAGCCCACGGCAUCUUUACCGCCUGCAUGGCAUGGAAGCAACGUUACGACAACUAUCACAGCCACUACGAUCACGACCUUGACUUCCACUGCGUCGUAUGGAACUCCAUCAAUUCCUUCAACUUAUCCGAGCGGAUCACCAAGUUCCAGUACUGUGGUUCCCGGCAAUGCUUGUGCCAGCAUUCGUGAGCUUGCAUUGUCCUCUAUUGGCUCUGCUAUACCAGAUGCGACCCCGACGGCUACAGCAACGGUGCCAGCCAAGCUUGCAUAUGAAUGCAUCAACAGUGUCCCAUUCAACGCCUCCGCAGCGGUCGCGCUCAUGGACUCGAUCAGACCUUACCUAAACUGGCAAACUACCAUCCAAUACAUCAAGGACCCUCCAGCUGAAUAUGCCGAAAAGGUACAAGAGCCUUACGACUUCGCCUCCGAGUACGAGAGGAUCUACGAGCAGGCUAAAAGCGGCUCUUAUGUUAACGAGUACGCCUUUGGCUACGAGCUCUACCGUGCUUUCCAGAGGACUCAUGAUGGUCACUUUGUAAUAUACCCGGACAGCGUACAGGGAAUCUUCUCAUUCGGAAGAACUACCCCCCUUGUCUCGGUCUCGAUUGAUGGAAAGAGCAUACCAGAGGUCUAUCUCUAUUCCGAUAUUAUGGCUGCAACUGUGGGCAAUGCCACAUUCGAGCCAUCUCCAAUUACACUCAUUGACGGCCGCGACUCCACCGAAUACCUCCUCGAAUGGUCUCAGUAUGGCAGUCUGCAAGAUCGCGACGCUCUAUGGAACAACAUGUUCUAUCUGCUGCAGACUGUAUCGCUGGGCUCUGCCGGUUCCGGUAUGGGCACGUUCUCCGGAGGUGGCAGAGGACGCUGGAUCUACCCAGGUCCGGAUACGACCUUGACCUUUAAAAAUGGAUCUUCCAUUACCAACGAGAACUUUGCGCGAGUUCUUGUGCCUUUCGACAACAUCACGAGCGGCGCUGACAUCUAUUCGGAGUACUUCACUCCUGAGGAGAUCAACUCGGCACUUGAGCUUGCUACAUCGUCGUCAUCCUCCAUGACCUCUGCAACAGCCACAUCGACCAGCUCUACUACAAGCUCGUCUACCGCCACGUCAAUUCCAGCUCCGGGCUUCCCAUCUCCCAUCGCACGUACAGGCAACAAUCUCAACUCUGGCUAUUUCUUAGAGGGCGAAGGUUACGACGACGUGGCCGUUCUUUCGCUCGCUUCUUUCGGCCAAUCGACUCCAGAUCCCGGUGAUUUCCAAGCCGUCAACACCUAUCUGAUCGACCAAGCUGUUGCGAAUAACAAGACAAAGUUGAUUCUUGAUCUGUCGGCCAACGGUGGUGGAAUCAUUCUGCAGGGCUAUGACCUCUUCAAAUUACUCUUCCCAUCCAAGCUGCCAUACGGUGCCACUCGCUUCCGUGCACACGAAGCAUUCGACUACAUUGGACAGGAGAGCAGCUACUUCAGCGGGCUAGUGCCAAGAGAWCUCAAAGCAAACGAAUCGACUCGCGCAAUUGUCAGCUCAUUCGCCAAUUACCGGACCGAUGUGGAUGUCAACUACGAGAACUUUGACUCGUGGGCCGACAAGUACGGGCCUGAGCAUCUCCUCAGCACCCCGGGAGACGAUAACUUCACAAACAUCAUUCGAUGGAACAUGAGCGAUGUCUUGACUCCCGAGAACUCUGGUGGAAUUUACAUCUCGGGCUACAACAAUCGCACCAACAUCACUCAGCAACCGUUCGCCGCUGAAAACAUUGUGAUUGUGACCGAUGGCUACUGCGCGUCCACAUGCACUAUCUUCAGCGAGCUGAUGAAGCAGCAAGCGGGUGUAAAGAGCAUCGCCCUUGGAGGACGACCCAAUACCGAUAUCAUCCAGGCGAUUGGAGGCGUAAAGGGAACUAACAGCUUCCCCAUGGACUUCAUCCUCUCAACCGUACUGGUCCCUUUCACGUACGAGUACAUUCACUCGCGAGAAUUCUACCAGAACACUGAGCUUGGAAAGUACACCGACCUAGUAUUGUCGCGAACCAUCAGCUCAGUGACCAACGCCAGGGACGGCUAUCGCGAGGGCGAUGAAGAGAAUGUGCCUUUACAAUUUGUGUACGAAAAGGCCGACUGCAGAAUCUACUACACCCCAGCUAUGGCUGUCGAUCAAGUGGCAGCAUGGAAGACAUAUGCGGAUGCCGCUUUCAAUGGUGUGGAACACUGUGUGGCUGGAAGCUUGAUGUCCCCUGGAGGAUAUGGCAAUGACAAGCGCGGCUUGCGUACCGCCAAGCCGCAUGCGGUGCGGAGAUCACUGGAUCUUUCGGUGCACCACGAUGCCAUGUCGAACGUGUGGACUGGGAGGGGCGGAAUUACUGUGGGAGGCGAUUCGGUUAUGAUCCCGUAG